AUGGACAACUGUAAUGGCAGCAGUGAAACUCAGUUCGUUUGCUUACCUGUUAAUCUUCAACAUAUCGGGUGGUUACUAUUUGGCAUCUUUCUUAUCGUGAUCACUUGUUGCUCCUCGUUGGUUGCCUGUUAUGUAUGCCAAAUGAUAACUCGUAAUACUCGGCACACCGAUCAUGUAGUAUUCUAUAAAUGUCGACCAAAGUACUCCAGAUCUUUACCGUAUCGUCUUGACGAAUUACCUAGAGAUGAUUCAGUUCAUAAUUACAGGAAUCCAGAGGAAGCUUACAGCUCCAGAUGCCGCUACUAA